AACUAAUGUUGAGUUUACAUUUCAGAUUAUUUCGACUCUACUAACACCGAUUUUUGUUUCGCAACUAACCUACAAACGAGUUAACGCUUGAAUUUUAUUACCUUCCUUCUUAUCCUUGAGUCGUCCUCAGCUCAUCGCUAGACAUGGCAAUGUACAUAAAAUCAGUUGCACGAGCGGCGUGUGCACUGCUGGUGAUGGCAGUCCUCGUGAGCGGCGACUCGUCCCCCAACGAGUACGAGCUGCCGUCCAACUCCUCCGUUGUCAACUUCGGCCCCAUUGUCACGGGCUUCAGCUGCGACGGGCUGCAGUACGGGUACUACGCAGACGUCGCUAACGGGUGUCGCAUUUUCCACGUUUGUUAUCCGUACAUGGACGCAGAGGGCUUCAUCCGCACUAGGAUGUGGUCCUUCAUCUGCGGCCUCGGCACCGUCUUCAACCAGCAAGCGCUGGUGUGCGACUUCCCUGAGAACACUACGCCCUGCGAUCAAGCCCCCAACUUCUACAACGUCAACGAAUAUUUCGGCAGAGAAGACGUCAACUUCCUAGAAUGACGGUCCCGACCGUAGCUUCCUAAUUUGUGUGAUUUAAAAUUACGGUCCCGCCUGUAGCAUCUUAAUCUGUGUGAUCUAGAAUAACGGUCGCAACCGUCACAUGCUAAUCUGUGAUCUAGAAAGACGAUCGCGAACGUAGCAUCCUAAUGUGUGCGGUAACAAUAAUUGUAGCUUCUAAGUUCUACGUGUAUGCCAAGCUUAUUGGAUUUGCUUUAACUUCAAUUAGAUGCAAUAAACGAUUCCAUCCAGUACGAAUUAACUAAGAAAGUAAAUAAUGAUAAUAUCUAUGGAAUUGUGUUUUCAUGCAAGAAACACAGGCCGCAGAAGGUGGAAAAAGCAAAGAAGCUUCGUUCGUGUCUGAUUGUCCAAACAUGGAGUUUUUUCCUGUUGAGUUCCUGGGCGUAACCUUUCUGCCGACAGAACAAAUCUUGUUCACUAAAUCGAAAAUUGAUGAUAAA